AUGUCUGUGUUUUUGCACAUCGUGCUUGUGUUGUUUCUUACCUCAAUGGCACUUGUCCACAUGCCCAGCUUGGACUUGAGCAGAUGGAAGGAUAUGCUGUCCUCAAAAAGCCAAGAGGGGAGGAGGAGACCAGUACAGGGUGAGAGACAGCCAGAGGGACUUAUCCCUCGCCCAGCUGCUCAUGGAGUUAGCUUGCCAGGUGUCUGGAGUAAGCCCACAACUCCAAAGGAAACCUUUAGUUCAGAGAGACGAAGAUGCUCCAAACACCUCCUCUUCCGCGAUUCUAUCUCUGCUGUAGUUAGGGCUUCCUGGAAAAAUACCCGAGGUUAUAUUAAACUUGAAUUUCAGAGAAUAACAAAUAAUAUUUAG